UGGAGCAGACACGCCCACUAAAGCCUACAGGAGAUGUAUAGGUGAGGGCAGCUGAGAGUGCAACGUCGACUUUUAACAACAGAAGAAAAGACUGGGAGUGAGAGCUCUCUGCUGAGAAACACACAUACACCUCUAAACGUGUAGUAUCUGUAUCAGAGCAAUCUUUGGACUGUGGAUCUGUUGCAGCAAUGUGCAGAGGUCAAAGUAUGACUGUGAGAGGUCAUCUCAGCCAUCAGUAUCGGGGGAGUGGAUUUGUUAUCAGCAGCUUUACAUGAUCUGGUCAAAGUGCAUCCUGCAUGUCGGGCUUUUCCUCAGCUGGUCAAUCUGCAUCCAUUCAAAUAACUUUGGAAUAAACUCUUAACAAGGUUGCAGGGAUGACCAAAGAAAAAACUCAGUGGAAGGAGUUUUUAGAGGUAAUCGGUGUUCUGCAAUGGGUGCUGUCUUUCCUAUUCCUAGGGGUGUCUUGCAGCAUCUUGAUGGUGUCCCUGAUGUUUACCUCACUGUGGCCUCUCUCCACUCUGUACUUCAUUUGGCUGGUGAUUGACUGGCAAACCCCUGAAAGAGGGGGCAUGAAGACACAAUUCGUGAGAAGGUGGAAAGUUUGGGAACACAUGAGAGAUUACUUUCCAAUCAAGUUGGUGAAAACAGCUGAGCUGAAUCCAAACAAGAACUACAUCUUGGGGUGUCAUCCACACGGUAUCAUGAGUGCUGGAGCCUUUUCCUGCUUCAGCACAGAGAGCUGCGGCUUCACCGAGCUGUUUCCUGGAGUGAAGGCCACCCUGGCAAUUCUAGCAGGACUCUUCAGGUUACCUCUCUUCAGGGAGUAUAUCAUGUGUGCAGGUUUGUGUCCAGUCAGCAAGCCCAGCCUUGCCCACCUCCUCUCGCAGAGUGGCAAAGGAAAUGCAGUGGUGAUUGUUAUAGGGGGUGCUGCUGAGUCUCUGGCAUCCUCUCCUGGAAUCAACACAGUGGUCAUGAAGCAGAGAAAGGGAUUUGUCAGAGUGGCCCUGGAGUUUGGGGCUGAUCUAGUGCCGGUUUUCUCCUUCGGGGAAAACGAGCUCUUUCGGCAGGUGAUUUUCUCAGAUGGCAGUCUGGGUCGGAGGUUACAGGAUUUGUUUAAAAAGAUUAUGGGUUUCGCCCCGUGUCUGUUUGUUGGCGAGCGCAUGGCGAUCAUACCCUACAAGAGUCCAGUCACCACUGUCGUGGGAAGUCCAAUCUCAGUGCCAAAGCGUGUCACGCCUACUGACGAGGAGGUCAACCACUAUCAUAAACUCUACAUGGAGGCUCUGUCCAAGUUAUUCCAUGAACAUAAAGUCAGCUGUGGACUUUCUGAGAGUCACAAGCUCCAGAUCAUUUAGAGUGAAACAAACUGUUUACCUGUUUUUACAUGUUGCUUUUUCUGUGAACUGAUGUGGUGAACUUGAGCUUAUACAAUGCUUAAUCCUGUUGGGUGUAGGAUGGGGGGGGUUUCUUCAUAUUGUAAGACCAGUCUGUUUUUGAAAAUAUCUAACAUGAAUAUGUGCCUUUAAUUAUCAAACUGUGACAACUUUGAUGCUAUGCCAUGUUUGUCUUAACUUUUGUAAUUGAGACAACUUCAUUAUUUGCGCAUUUCAUAUACGCAAUAUUGAGGAACAAUAAUAGGAAACAUGAAACAAAUAAAUUAUUGUCUAUGUCAAAAAGUGUUUGUCUGCUUG